UAUAAAAAAACAAAAAAAUGCCUUUCAUAGUUUAAUGUGUGUGUUUAUUGUUUCUCAUUCAAGAUCAACUUAUUUUCUCCAACAAAAAAAAUGAGUAAAUUUAUUUACUACUAUGCUCUUUAGUUUUCUUAUUUAUUUAUAAAAAAUAUCUUGUGUCCCUUUUAGCCACAAAAAAAAGAUUGUGUUUACUUUCUAGCGUCUAGAGGCAUGUUGGCCAAGGAAAAAAAUCCAAAAAUAUAUAUAGGUGCUAGGUUUUAUACCAUUUGCUAGUUUUAUUUUUGUUUUGGUUUCUGACGGUGGGUGGAUUUUGAGGGGUGAGGGAGGUGGGGGAACUCCGCCUAUGCAACUAAUUUUAAGCUUACACUUAAUGCAUAGCCGGUCCCAAGCCCGGAAAAAGGAGGAGGGUCCAACCUUAUAUAGCUUGAAAUUUGUAUACAAAAUUUCGUGAUUUUCGUAAUAUUUUCAGCUUCCUAUCUAUUCUGCCUGUUGUUCUUUUCUUUUUCUUUUUGGUUAGACUGUCAUAUUCCUAGCAAUCAUCCAUUAAUUAUACAGUUUCGAGGGACCAAUAUGUUUGGAUUUCAAUGUUUAAGUGUCUGUUUUGUCCAAUUUCAAAGCUUGUACAAACCAAAACAAGGUUAGCAGUCAAAGUUUGAAACAAUUUUGCGUUUUUUGUAGUAUCAAGAUUAGCAGGCAGUCAAAGUCUGAUUAUUUGGUGAAAGUUAACAGCAAAGUACAGAAUAGCUUGACCACCAGAGAAAUGGCAGAGGAAGAGCAGAGCAAAGCAGAGCCUUCUCUGGUGUCCGCGGACACGUCUCGCCCGCAUCUUCCGCGUCGCCGUUUCCCAACAACGGCCGGCGAGGGUACCGACAAGCUGGCGAUGGCGGCAGCGACGGAUGCGGCUCGAGGAUUCCUCAAGGCCGCCGCCGGCGAGGGUACCGACAAGGCUAGGCUCUACUCGCGUCAGCCGGCGAGGGCGGUCAAGUACCACUGCAACUUCGACCUAUACCAGUCGCCGGUGGCCAACACUGGCGCGACCCACCCGACGACGGUGACAGUUGCCGCGAUGCUCUGUUUGAAUAUGACGUACAAGUGAAAAAUUUGGGGAGCACCUUGUUCGAGCUGCUCUACUAAGCUGUUGGGCUCAAACCGAGCUAUCUGGCAGAUAUAGAGUGCAACCAAGGACAAGUCAUACUCAAAGCGAGCUACUUGUUCGAGCAUCUUCAGGACACAUUUCCACCCUGCCUCGACGAGGAUGUAUGGUCCGAUCAAGGAGCUGCUGUCUUAUUGGAACCCACUGUUGUACAGGGAGACCCUUGUGAGAGAUUACGUCAAGCAUUACUACUCCAUCGGGUUAAAUGCAAAAACUGCAUUCUCUGAUUUCCUGUUGUCAAUUGUGAUGUUUAGUUUGUGUCCUGAUAGUAUAGACGAUGUUAAUAUACCAUUCAUUUUGGCUUGAGCUGUUGAGCAACAUAGGAAUUGGCAAACUGUUCAAUCUUCAGUUAUUUUUUCUAGUAGCAUUGUUGCACUAUCUGACGGAGCUGCUGCUCCAUAUAAAUAAAGAGCUUGCCUUGGAUCA